UCCUUACCGUCUAAACUCAUAGUAUUCAUGCAGGUUUCUCUCUGUUCAUACAUGUAACGGUUAUUUACCCGCGUUUGCUUACAUACAAGAAUAUAUAUUUACUCAACUAUUGUCACUAAUAUUAGAGAUCAGUGACUUUUGUAAAAUAAGCUUGUAAUUCAAACAGGCGAAGCCUUACUUGAGACUGACUCCGUUGAACGUUAAUUCGUGAUUAGGAGCCGCGCAACGAUACAUAAAUUAGAAUUAUGCAACUUAGAUCAUAAGGUGGAAGAAUAUUAUGAUUUGUUGCCGAAGCAUGCGGAUUGAAAAAGCUCUACUAUUUUCAAUAUACGCCGAAAAUGGAACGUGAGGGCUGCAAUGUUUUGUUCGAAAGCAUUGAUGGAUUGGCACGUAUGGCAGAAGAGCAGUCCGAUAAGGAUGCCGCGUCAACUUUGAGAGGAUUUCUCGAGUAUGUCGAUACCCUCGCGAAUGCAAACAUUAAAAUCAAGAGCAAGGAUUCGAUAAAGACGGAAGAUGCCACCGCUGCCAAUGUGAUUCAACAAAAAUUCACAAACACGAAUCUUACAGAUUUAGUGGAAAAAGACGCUAUGACAAAAUCAGCCGUACAAUACAUCGCUCUGGCAGAAACGCAAGGUCCGUUCAACGAGGGGAGCACCGAAGAAGAUUGGAAGCUGAAUGAAAGAAAUCAGAGCCCAUACCGCUGUGCAAUAUGUCAGGUUCAAUUUUCGAGUCGAGUUUCACUGGAUAGACAUAUCGUAGACUUGCAUCUAGGUACCACGGGCCGUUUCCAGUGUGAUGUUUGUCACAAGGAGUUUUCCCGUGUGUCAGACUUAGCCAGGCACAAGUUGAUACACACAGGCGUAAAGCCAUUCCAAUGCAAUACUUGCCAGAAGCAAUUUUCCCGACAGGAUCAUCUAAAGCAGCACAUACUCAGUCAUUCGCAAUGUUCAGAUGGCGAGUUUUUUGCUUUCGACAACGGCUUGAACAGGUGCACGAUAUGCCAUAAACAGCUUUCUCGUCCUCAGCACCUAAGGACCCACAUGCGUCAGCAUUUGGGCACACUGUUCGAGUGCGACAAGUGUAGCAAAAGAUUCUCACGCGCUUCGCAUCUCAGAGCUCACAUGAGACUCCACUUGGGUACAUGUUUCAGAUGUGAGAUAUGCCAAAAAGAAUUCUCUCGACCUUCCGACUUGGAUAGACACAAACUUACACAUCUGGAUAAGAAAUUGUUCGAUUGCCCCACGUGCCAAAAAAAGUUCUCCAGAAAAGACAACCUGAAAAAGCACAUGCUUUCUCAUGUCGAAUCGAUACCGACGAACCAAGAAAGCCACGAGAACGUCGGCUUUGAAAUAAAUAUGGGCGACGACAAUUCUUGUUUAAAUUUGAGAAAGAGUUUCCCAUUACCCUUGCACCUGGAAGGACACACACCGAGUCGUGAGAGUGACACGAGAUGCCACGAGUGUCACAUUUGCAGAAAGCAUUUUGCAAGGAAAGACCAUUUGAAGAGACAUAUCGCCUCACAUAAAAUCUGCCCUCAUCAUCAGAGCCCAAAUUGUGCAGGGUGUCAGGCGGUGAAAGAAGAGACAAUGCUGCAAGUGGAUUCGAGCACAUUUGAGUGCAGGGAAAGAUCGAGCAACUGCGACCUCUGUAGUGUACAGUUCGCCAGUACUUACAAUUUUGAAAACGAUGUGUGCGCGCAUAAUUGGCGGGAUAAAAGAUUCGAGUGCGCGGUUUGCGAGAAGCGUUUCAACAGAAAGGUUCGGUUAAAAGAACACGUUCGCAGUCAUGGGGAUCAAAAGUUUUCUUCGUUUGACGGUAGAGACAAGGAAGAAAACAGGUGUAAUAUAUGUCAUAAACAACUGUCACGACCCGAACAUUUGAAAGCACACAUGCGGCUGCACUUAGGCACACUUUUCAAGUGCGAUGCAUGUGGGAAAGAGUUCUCUCGAUUGUCAGACUUGGACAGACACAAGCUAGUACACUCUGGACUCAAACGAUUCAUAUGCAUCAUUUGCCACAAGCAAUUUUCUCGUAAGGAUUACUUGAAGAAUCACAUGCUAUCGCACGCCAAUCAAAAGUCAUUUGAGUGUGACAAGUGUAAAAAACGAUUUAUGCAUUUCUCCAAUUUAAGAAAUCACCUUCAUCUUCAUCUAACUGAGUAACUAAUAAUGUUUGCAAUUGUGUUAGCUGAUGUGACAAAUGUAACGACUGAACGGUGUGACCGGUCUUACGUUUUUGUAAGUUCCCAUUCAAGACUUAAUUGACAGGCCAGGGAUUUAAACCCAAGUCCUCCCAUUCCACAGUCACAAGUGCUAGCAUCUAAGCCACUACGGUCGAUAUAAAAUCAUCUUUGCUUGUGAUUUAUCAUCUGCUAGUUUUAUAUAUUCAACAUACCACGUUUGUGAGAACAAUAUCUUAUAUCAUCGUCACGGCUCUGAACCUCCCAGUUCCGAUACCGUCUGGUAAGUUUCUUCGUUUAUUUCGGUUGUUAUACCAAUCAUCUGGCAUUUGAAAUUGUCUCUUUCCCGUGCCUAUGAUGCAGCUCCAGUUUGCGACUUUUGCUUUGUGUGUUUCUCUUGGUCCCUCUUCCUUGUAUAGUUGGAAGCCGAAACAAUAAGAUGCACCCACUUCUGCAGUCGCGCUGGUUGCGGCAGACGUGGGUUGAACGUUCCUUUUGUACCAUCGUUUGGUGUCUCCUUUUUCAUUUGGUCUUGUUCGAAUGACCUAUGCUUCAGACCCCAUCAUGCCUACGUUCUUAAAGGCAAUGUUGUCGAUUCUGUACGUUUGGAAUUUUCUUAUUGUAUCUGAUACGUGUAUCAAAUACUUAAGAUUGAAUCUUGUUCCGAGCACAUACUCAGCGAAUGUGGUAGUGGUUAUCCCGAAACUGGUAAGGCACUAACCAAUCUCUGGUACUUUAGGACCAAUUGGAAAGAAUUUACCUGCUGAGUUUGGCAUGAAUUCUGAGUUUGCAGGUUUUCUUACUCAAAUGUUAGGUAUAGGUUCCAUAAACAUGUCGCCGGCAAUACCAAGCGAUGGUACUUCCUCGAAUAGGUUGUGCGUGUCAGUCACUUUUUGGGCAUGAUAUCCACCGAAAUUUUGGAUUACUGUAGUUGGCAAGGGAGGUAUAGCUAGACAUGUUUCCUUCUCAAGCUUAUCUCUGUAAGUUUCGAUUUCGUGUAGGUAUGCAUGCAGCGCCAGAGGGACGUUGAAUUUGUGGUCGUGUACGGCUUUACGAAUAUCCUUUUGUGCGCUCGUGAGAGUUUCAAGUCCUUGCUUACUCUUUACCUCUAUCAGCUUUAGAUGUGAUAGAGCGGUAGCAUAGUAGACGACCUUUUCUCGGAUGAUAACUCUUUCGAGUUGUUUUUCGUCUGCUCUGUAGCCGUUGUACGUUUUGGCUGCCACAUCUACGAUCUUACGAAAGUUGGUGAAGAAGGUUUGACGUGGAAAAAUCAUUGGUACUCCGUACAUCUACUCCAAAGAUAGCCUCGGAGAUGAUUGACUCAUUUCUUUGAGGACUUGGUUUUGUAGAUAGAUUCGUUGGCGGAGAUAGUUCUUCUGUCCGCUCUACGCGUUUGGUUGUUGUUUAUUUGUCAGUCUACUUUCAGAUUGCUUUUGAAUUUUCUUACCGACGUGAGUUAGGUCAAAGUUUUCAGGCUCCCCUUGAUAUUCUGGGGCAACGCGUUUGAUAUCUACACUAGUAUAAACAAUGUUGACUUUUGCGUUUACCAUUUUUCUACACUACAAUUUUCUCAUCAGAGACCAGCAGUGUAAACUAGGUAAAGAGUGUAAAAUAGAUACACAAGUAUCUAAAACUUUUUUCACACUGUUCUGUAUAACUAUCGCCACUCAUAUUUUGUAGAACAAUUAAAAUUAUGAGAGAAAAUAAUGAUCAAAGAUAAACAUAAGCAAAAUUUAUCUUACACAUAGAUUUGGUAACUUAUUCAUAUCGGUUUUGUUUAAGGGGUUAUUCUAGUCUAGAGGCAUAAAUUUCGGGUUUGAUAAAAAAAAAAUAUACGUAUAUAUAUUUACCAUCCAUUUUUUUUUAGUCUUUCAAUUGAUUUUUCAAAAACUUAGCCAAAAUGUUUGU